CCCAGUUGAGGACGGGUUUUUCCGCGAUCUGAGCGCCACCACAAAACAAGAGGAGUUGCAAGAGUCAGUUGUUGUUGUACAUCCGUGCCGGCGAGUUAUCAGCUGACGAGUUCCCGCACGGACCAGAACAGCGUAAGACAUCCACAGCAUGGCUUUGCUGUUCUUGGUCGCCUUGCUGGUGAUCUCUGUGCAAAGCUCCGAUGUGAAAGACGGCACAUGUCACCCACUGGAAUCUCUGGCGGAAAGGGAGUGCCCUACCAACGUGACCGCAGAAUGUGAAACAGAUGCCAACUGCGAGGGCCCCUACAAGUGCUGCAGCAACGGAUGCUACCACACGUGCACCAGACCACUGUACACGGGAUGCCAGCAGGUGCGAAUGUUAAACGAACGUCGCGCUAAGCUGCAGGGACGCGCCGGUCGGACAUUUGUUCCCCGAUGCGGCCCUCAGGGCGAGUUCGACCCCGUGCAGUGCGAUCCUCAGGAUGGUCGCUGUUGGUGCGUCGACCGAAUGGGUCUCGAAGUGGCCGGAACAAGGGCGAGGUCCCUGGAACUAGUCAACUGCUCCGCACGAAGUAAGUGUGCGAGCUACCUGUGCCGUAUGCUGUGUCCAUACGGCUUCGAACUAGACGAUAGCGGCUGUCCACUCUGCGAAUGCCGCAAUCCCUGCAAGGGAGUUGAGUGUCCCGGUGGGCAGGAGUGCAGUCUGGAGGAGCAGUUAGAAUGUGCUGAAGGACCGUGUCCCCCCAUACCGACGUGCAAGCGACCACGCUCUCUAGAAAGUUUCUGCCCCAGAGGUGAUCCUCUUUUAAGUCCGGACAGUGGAAGACCUUUGCUCUGCGGCUACGGGCCGAGCAAGCCACAAUGCCCUGCCAAGUUCCAGUGUCAGGUUCAGAGCGGCAACGACUACGGAGUCUGCUGUCCUUUGGCAGAUAAGCCGGGCGUGUGUCCCCACGUCGCGACAACCGUCGAGCAAUGUGGACGUGCGUGUACUAUUGAUCUUGACUGCAACGGUCAGGACAAGUGCUGUGAAACGCAGCAGUGCGGGACAACAUGUCUUCCACCUGCAAACACCACACUGUGCCAACAGCAAAAGGCUCUGGCUCAUCUUCUGAGCGGUGCAAGUGCACCCGGCUAUGUGCCACAGUGUGACGAGCAAGGGAACUUCAUCCGAAAGCAGUGCAGUAGCAACGGCAAAGUGUGCUGGUGCGUGGAAGACGAUGGCAGACAACGUUCUGGAACUUUGGGUCCUGCCGAUGCUGUUGAUUGUCAGUCCAAUAAUGCUGAGUCAAGGCAACACGACUGUGAUCUGAUUUUCUGCAACCUACACUGCGAAUACGGCUAUAAGGUUGGUUCUGAUGGAUGUCAGCAGUGCAAGUGUUGGGAUCCCUGCGAGGCUGUGAAUUGUUCAAAGAAUUCAGUCUGCGUUAUUGUACGAGAAGAGCCAUGCGUAUCUGGAGACUGUCCACCCAUUGCAACGUGUCACAAGAAGCAGCCCAGUGCCUGUGUAAGUGGAAGUCCGUUACUACAAGAAGGAAGCGACAAGACAGUAAAGUGCACUGGUCAGGACUGCCCUGGUGGUUACGAUUGCGAAAUCCUGCCUGGAGACCAUUCUGGUGUUUGCUGUCCAAGAGACGCGUCCGAACUAGAGUCGAAGAAAUUGGAGGCAUGCACUGCAGUCGUAGGCAAGUGCGAGGAUCUCAAGGCGUGUACCAAAAACACAGAUUGUGGAAGUGACAGCCAGUGUUGUCACUCUGCGGAAUGUGGCUCAGUCUGCUCGAAGAAGACCGACGACCUGCCACGUACAAUGUGUCAGUUCCUGCAGACGCAGCACGAUCUAGCCAUCCCUGUCCCGAAGUGUCGUCCAGACGGCAGCUACGAGCCGGUGCAGUGUCAUGGUGGAGAAUGCUGGUGCGUCGACGAAUUCGGCGUGGAGAUCACCGGCUCUCGUUCGUCAGCCGGCCGUGGAGCUGACUGCAGACAAGUGAGGGCCAGCAAGGGCUGCUUGGGUCUUACAUGUCGCCUUGGCUGCGAUUACGGCUUUGAGUCCGACGAAGAAGGCUGUCCCAUCUGCAGCUGCAGGAACCCUUGUGCCGACGCCCAGUGUCCGGAAGGCGAGGUUUGCCAAAUGGACGAACUCAUUUGCGCUGACCAAUGGUGCCCAUCUGUGCCGAAGUGUAUUCCAAAAGGCUCCGCCCGUAGUCUCUGGAGUAUCUGCCCCUCCGGUAACUUGCCCUUCCUCCAAGAAGGCGAAGAUCCGGUCCUGUGCGACACGGCGUCCCCUUCGGAGUCGUGCCCCUCCAACCACAUGUGCACUCCUGUGACGAAUGACACUGCUGUAUGCUGUCCUCUGCCAGUGGAGACGACAAGGACACCGCAGCACGAGAAGGAGGGAAGCUGUCCGGCAGCAACCACCUGGGAGACUGGCGCGUGUCUCGAUGAAUGUUCAACCGAUGGCGAUUGCUCUGGUCCACAGAAAUGUUGCCGAAGUUCCUGCGGCGCUUACGUGUGUCGAGAUCCUUCAGGAGACCUAGGCAAACCGGGCCAAUGUCCCUAUUUGACACCGAGCAGCGGACCGUCUUGCGACAACAAGUGCGGCAGCGACUAUAACUGUCCGAGCGCAGAAAAGUGUUGCUCCAAUGGCUGCGGCAGUCAGUGUAUGCGGCCACUGUAUCUGACGGCGUGUCAACACCAGCGCAUUGUGGCCGAACAUCGCGCCCGUGAGGCCGGCGCUAUUUGGAACGGUCUCCCACAGUGCGACAACGAGUACGGAAGCUUCCAGGAGGUACAGUGUUCCACGCAGGAGGGUACCUGCUGGUGUGUGGACAAACACGGCAUCGAGCUGCCCGGAACGCGUGGAUUCGGACCUCCCACAAACUGUUCAAGCCCGCGUGACAGCCGGUGCUCACCCCAGCCUUGCGAUAUGGAAUGCGAGUUCGGAUUUAAGGUUGGACAAGAUGGCUGCACGACAUGCAAAUGCAACGAUCCAUGCGAGGGUGUCGUCUGCAUGGACCCUAAGGAGGAAUGUACUCUCGCCAAGGUCAACUGCAUCACGGAGCCCUGCCCACCCUUGGCUUUGUGUCGUCCUCGCGUUGAAAACCCGUGUCCAUUCGGAGAACCUAUGACGGAUCCCGAAGGAUCCACUCUCCACUGCGGUCCAUUUGGUCGCCAAUGCCCAUCGUCUCACCGGUGCCACCUUGGCGUUCUCGGAGAAUUCGCCGUUUGCUGCCCCAAACCCCGAAGUGUUUGCUACGAGGAAGCUCGUCCCGGUCCCUGCAGUUCAGCAGUGUCACGCUGGUACUUCAACGGCGAAACCAACACGUGUCAAGAAUUUAAGUACGGCGGUUGCGACGGGAACUUCAAUAACUUUGAGUCCAAGGAAGAGUGCGAAGCUGUCUGCCCUGUGAUGACCCCCUGCGAGAAGGUUCGUGAAAGAAGUCUCAAGAUUGCAAAGACGUCCAAGAAGCCGACGUUUUUGCCAAAGUGCAAUUCUAAGACUGGCGUAUGGGAGCCAAUUCAGUGUCUUGAUCCUCUGGGCAUGUGCUGGUGUGUCACGGAGGCUGGGGAGCAGGUGUCUGGAACGCUCGUACGAGGGACACCAUACUGCACAAAACGAGGUGGUCGAACAGUAGGCGACACUUCCAUCUGUCCUGGCGGUGAAACGGCGUACCUCUGUCCCGACGACAUCUGCGAGAAUAAGGUCUGCAUGGCUUACGCUAACGCCACUUGUAGAGUGGACCCGUGUGGAGGCUGCAAGGCACGCUUUUAUGACCACAACAACCAACCUGUGGACUGCGGCAAAGGCUUGACAGCUUGCCAUGGAGAGAUGCAAGAUGUACUCAACAGCCGCCCAUGGAGCAACCAGGGAAUUCAGAUUGACCAUCUACAAGAGUUAGCAUCAGCAUUGCGCGAUCUCUCAAUACAGCCCGGACACCAUCGCGAAGCACGAUCCCUGGGACGUCUGAGUGACCACAUGUUUCCUUCCGUCUCGAUGACAUCGCACCAUAUUGCCAUUCUGGUUGUUCCUCGAGUCAGCGCCUACUCUGUGACCGGUCGCAGCGGUAUACUCGAGAUGGCCAUGGAGCCCUUGCUACCCCGGAUGGAAUCGACAAGACAUUACGUCAGAACAGCGAAGUGCCCAGCACCAUCGAUGCUGCAGAUGAUCAUGUCGCUUGCCGAAGGUUGCCAUGAGGAAUGUGCUUCUAACGAGGACUGUCCUUCGCACAGCUACUGUUGCCAGAAUGGCUGUGGCACGACGUGCGUGGCGUCUUCUAUGCAGACACUCGAUGCACGCCAAGGAAUGGUCUUCAACAAACCCGGCGCUUGUCCACCACAGAGCGCUUCUGGACAACGGUGUCUGUUCGUUAAGGACAUGUGCCAGGAUGACAGGCACUGUCCCGGUGCGAUGAAGUGUUGCCUUUCUGCAUGUGGAGCAACCUGCGCUGAUCCAGCAGGGUCUCCCCCUCUUGUGGCCGCUUCCAUGGUUGUGGCUCCCCCUAUAUGUUCUCCGGAUGGCGGCUAUGUGGUUUCUCAAAGUCAAGGACAGCUGUCCUGGUGCGUUAACAAGUACGGAGAGCCUCAGGAUGGCACGCUCACCCGGGGUCACGUGCGCUGCGAUAUCAAUGGCACUAUUCUUCACCGGGAGCAACUGGGCCCUGUGUGUCAAGACCCGAACGUCACACCACGAAUUUGCCGUCACGAAUGCCGCGAAGCCAGAUGCUUCCAGCACCCGAAUGCCAUGUGCGUUGCCGAUCCCUGCGAUAACUGCAGAGUGCACUUCUUCAACGAGGAUGGUGAUGAAGUCAGCUGUCGAGCAAAAUGUAGCCAGUCCAUCGAGACAGGCAACUGUCGUAGCGCCCUGCCUCACUAUGCUUACAAUGCUUCUGCGCGUCAGUGCCAACUAUUCAUGUACGGCGGCUGUGGCGGCAAUGAUAAUAACUUCUCAACCAUGGAAGAAUGUCAACAGGAGUGUGAAACUUCAGCCCCAUUAUGUUCGAUGCCUUACGACAGCGGACCGUGCGAUGGCAAGCAGAAACGCUAUUUCUACAAUCAACACACUAUGCAAUGUGAGGCGUUCCAGUAUGGAGGCUGCGGAGGAAACGCCAACAACUUUGAAACACGGGCUGCUUGUGAAGCCAGGUGCCCGGACCAGGUAAUGUGCCCAUGGUCGCACGUGAACGACCAAGAACUCGACGUGUGCGACCGCAGCAAAGCCUGCCAGAAUGUUUCCUGCGCCCCUGGAGCUAUCUGCACUGCCGAUCCUUGUGACUGUGCCCCUAAAUUUAUUGAUCAGUCUGGACAUCCAGUUGCAUGUCAUCCUCCAGUCAGCGUGGAAACGACGUCAACAGAAGUGUCGUCAACUGAGAGUCAAGAAUCUGUUGAAGUUGAUCCGGCGACACGAUGUCUUGCGCAACGGCACAAGGGCAAACAGGUCGAGUGCGACCCCGACGGGGCCUUUGUCCCCAGGCAAUGCAGUCCUAGCCACACUGACUGCUGGUGCGUCAAUGAAGCUGGCACCCGCUUGCCAGGCACCUGGGGCAACGUGCACUGCCGUCCUGUGAAUGUCGACCGCGUCGAUGUGAACCUCGUUCUGAAGCCAAGGACUACAGAGACAGUGCGCGGCACAAAAUCGUCUAUCAGAAGGUCUCUUAAGCGUAUGCUGAGGAGCCUGAAAGUGCAGCCGACGGAAGGUAAAGUGAAGGUCAAGUUGGGUCCCACUAUGGCGAGCUGUAUGUUUACAUUGACGAAGGACGACAAGAUGAAAACAGCUUUCAUGCUCGAGAAAAUGGUCGAGCGUGACCAGCUGUUGGUGACCGUUGGCAAAGAGACCCUCCACGCCGAUCCGUCGGAGACUCGCUUCGAAUACGUCUCCACGUACAUCCCACCGCUUCCCGCCAUUGAAGACAACGUGCUCGCAGUGGCGCAACACAAAGCUGCGUGGGACACGACAGCUCUAGUAGCCCUGUGCAGUGCCCUGGUUCUUGCACUGCUUCUAGUCGCAGCGUUCCUGAUCCACAAGCGAAGAAGGAAGGACGUCGAUCUGCAGGAUCCAAAGCUGACGCUAGUAACUUUGACGAGUCCCUUCUAUCAGUACGUGACGAACAAGAUAAAGCCCGACAAGCCAAAGGACGAGAAGGCGAUCCCGAUUCCUACGGUAACUUCCAAAGUGGAGGCCUUAGAAAAAGAAGGCGUUCCGGAGGAGAACGUCGUCGUGGACCUCCCGCCAGCUUACGAAGACAUCGACAAGAAGGGUGAUAGCGGUGUUUAGUCCCUCGACAACUAAAAGGCCCACACCAAGUCACCAAGUCAAAGCAUUCCAAGCGAGCAAGGUCUUCACGUUGAGCCGCGUUUCUUGACAAGAGUGAAACGAGCAUUGCACGCGCUCAUAUCCUCCAGAUGUGAUACCGAGUACCACGAUAGAAUGGCCAUUGAAAAUAAACCCGAUAGCUGUUGAACAGUCAUCUACGAAAUCUACCACCAAGAAAAAUUCAUAAUGCAUGAUCGUCGCAUGCAGAUGGAAACAAUGCACCCCUUCCUUCCCUCACAAAAAAUAAAAAUAAAAUACAAAUAAAACAACAAAGUCAAACCAUAUCUGCACCUUCUUGAAGCACCACAAGUGAUAAACUGUACAGAACUUGCAUAAAUGUGGUGCAUUCGUAGUGCAGAAGUUGCUAGUUGUAGCUUAUACACCGCAUUUACCUUUCGAUUCAUUCGACAGCACUUUUUAUGCAGUGAUAAGAACGCAUGUUUUUUUCACGUUCUCUGUAUACCACGUGCUAUUUGUUUUAAGAAAAAAGAAUUUCCAAUAAAAAGGUUUAAAUGUUU